CCUUGCAUUCUCCCUCCCUCCCAGGUGCGAGCAGCCCCUAGACUACCAUGUCUGCAGCCUGGAUCCCGGUUCUCUGCCUUGGUGUCUGUCUGUUGCUGCUGCUGCCAGAGCCCGCGGGCAGCGAGGGAGCCGUUCCCAUCGCUAUCACAUGCUUUACCAGAGGCCUGGACAUCAGGAAAGAAAAGGCAGAUGUGCUCUGUCCAGGGGGUUGCCCUCUGGAGGAAUUCUCCGUGUUUGGGAACAUAGUAUAUGCUUCUGUAUCAAGCAUAUGUGGUGCCGCUAUCCACAGGGGGGUAAUCAGCAACUCAGGGGGACCUGUAAGAAUCUACAGCCUACCAGGUCGAGAAAACUAUUCCUCAGUAGUUGCCAAUGGCAUCCAGUCUCAGACGCUUUCCAGAUGGUCUGCUUCUUUCACAGUGACAAAAGGCAAAAGUGGUACCCAGGAAGCCACAGGACAAGCAGUGUCCACAGCACGUCCAGCAAUAGGUAAACGACUAAAGAAAACACCAGAGAAGAAAACUGGCAAUAAGGACUGUAAAGCAGACAUUGCAUUUCUGAUCGAUGGAAGUUUUAAUAUCGGGCAACGCCGAUUUAAUCUACAGAAGAAUUUUGUUGGGAAAGUGGCUCUAAUGUUAGGAAUUGGAACGGAAGGACCGCACGUGGGCCUUGUUCAAGCCAGUGAACAUCCCAAAAUAGAAUUUUACUUGAAAAACUUUACAUCAGCCAAAGAUGUCUUAUUUGCCAUAAAGGAAGUAGGUUUCAGAGGGGGUAAUUCCAAUACAGGAAAAGCCUUGAAGCACACCGCCCAGAAAUUCUUCACAGCAGACACUGGAGCGAGAAAAGGGAUUCCCAAAGUGGUGGUGGUAUUCAUUGAUGGCUGGCCUUCUGAUGACAUUGAGGAAGCAGGCAUUGUGGCCAGAGAGUUUGGUGUCAAUGUAUUUAUAGUUUCUGUGGCUAAGCCUAUCCCUGAGGAACUGGGAAUGGUUCAGGAUGUUGCAUUUGUUGACAAGGCUGUCUGUCGGAGUAAUGGCUUCUUCUCUUACCACAUGCCCAAUUGGUUUGGCACCACAAAAUACGUAAAACCUCUGGUACAGAAGCUCUGCACUCAUGAGCAAAUGGUGUGCAGCAAGACCUGUUAUAACUCAGUGAACAUUGCCUUUCUAAUUGAUGGCUCCAGUAGUGUUGGAGAAAGUAAUUUCCGCCUCAUGCUUGAAUUUGUUUCCAACAUAGCUAAGAUUUUUGAAAUCUCAGACAUUGGUGCCAAGAUAGCUGCCGUACAGUUCACCUACGAUCAACGCACAGAAUUCAGUUUCACUGACUAUAGCACCAAAGAGAAUGUCCUAGCCGUUAUCAGAAACAUCCGCUAUAUGAGUGGUGGGACAGCUACUGGUGAUGCCAUUUCCUUUACUGUUAGAAAUGUGUUUGGUCCCAUGAGGGACAGCCCCAACAAGAACUUCCUGGUAAUUGUCACAGAUGGGCAGUCCUAUGAUGAUGUUCGAGGGCCUGCUGCUGCUGCACAUGAUGCAGGUAUCACCAUCUUCUCUGUUGGUGUGGCUUGGGCACCUCUGGAUGACCUGAAAGAUAUGGCCUCUAAACCAAAGGAGUCGCAUGCUUUCUUCACAAGAGAGUUCACAGGAUUAGAACCAAUUGUUCCUGAUGUCAUCAGAGGCAUCUGUAGAGAUUUCUUAGAAUCCCAGCAAUAAUGGUGACAUUUUGACAACAGAAAGAAAAAGUGCAACGGGAUGUAUAAGUUGUUUUUAGUAAUACUGAAAUACUAUAUAGCAUACUAAGAUCAGACACAAAACUAUUAUACUAAAGAUGGCAAAAAUGUAAGCAAAUAAGCAUUCAUUUAAAGCUGCCUUCUAAUUACAGUUCAGACUCCAUUGUUCAAAACACUCUGCUGAGGCUUCAUAAUCACGAACCUUAGAAACUCAGGAAAGUAGAUACCAUAGAUUAAAAUUUUAAGAGUUCUAUUUUAACAUGCAUAUUACAUGUAUAGAUAUGCAAAUUCUAUAGCUCAAUAAAAGCAGCUGAUAUUUAGACCAAAAGCAACAUUCCUUCUCUAAUUCUGUAUUACACAUACAAGGAAAAUGAAAGAGAAACACAUAGAGAACAGCUCAACUUAGUUCAAAUAUAUAUUGACCCAAGUAGAUGUCGUCUUAAAACCAGUCAACAAUCU